AUGCAGAAAGUGCCUUGGGACGAGGGCGGUUCCGAGCGCGACGGAAGCCCCAUGUCGUCACAGAAGGAGAUCGCUUUCUUAAACUCGGAGCUGAAAAGCUACCAGGAGCAGACGCUUCGGCUCGCGAAGUUGCUCCAGGAAACCAGGACGAAGCUGGAGACCCUCCAGAACGAGAACUCCUUCUUAAAAAGUGAGCUCGAGGUGAUGCAUCAAUGCUCGAACGACGCAGAUGAGAGGCUAGACACUCUCCGGCGUCAUUUCAACGAGCGUCUUCGAGAGAUGGAGAGGCGCUACAACGACAAGGAGCGCGCCUGGAGGGAGACCUUUAGCAGGCUCCGCUCGCACCUUGGAGUGGGAGCAGUGGCCGAGCCCGCACAUGAGGAGGACGACGUGCCUGGACUUGCCGUCCUGGAGGAAGAAGUGCAGAACCAGGAGCCCGCGACACCUGCUCCGGGUGAGGCCACGGGCGCCGCUGCCGCAACAGCUACAAUGGCGGUGGGCAGCGGAGCGCGUCUUGCGGUCCCCGAGACCUCGCCGGCCGAGGUGGGUGCACCGGCACAGGCGCCCGGUGCAG